AAGCCCUAAAUCAACUCCUGGGUCAACUUGAAGUGAAUGCAAUGAAGAUCGUCUGCCUUAAAUCCUUUACCAUCUUGGUGGUGAUCUCGUUGAUGAUCAACCUCAGCAAUACACCAACUGUUAAGGCUGGCCCACUAUCUGCAGCAGGUUGCAUUUUGGGUUGCAUUUCCUGUGCUUGCUCGGCUGCUAAAGAGUUAUGUAAGUUCUCACUUAUAUAUUUGUUUAAUAAUUUUAGUGACGUCCAUUCACGCAGUCAGUUACAAACAAUUUGUAAUAAUAUUUCAAUAAGAUUCCCCUGCCCCUUCCCCCGAAAAGGUUGAAUUCCCACACUAGCUUAAUCUUUUCUCACUUACUAUUAAUAGACCUUUUGCAUGCCGCGCGGGGACUGGUCACUGGAGGUAUAUGUCCGCCAUAUUGGAUAGCACAAAAAAAUCAUUGUUUCCUUUGUUCUUGAUCGGCUGCCAGGAAUGUCAGCCAAUAGUGAAGAGGUUUGCAAAACAUUAACCAAAAAGCGCCUGGAGGAGUUUAUCAAGGAGAAAAAAUCAGAUCAGAGGGCUCAGGCAUUUUUUGUAGAAGAUUAUGUUCACGAUCUUUUCGUCACAUUUCAAGAAGCUGAAUGUUGUGUAUUGAAAGGAAAAUGUUUUCGAUCGAUGUCUAAGUCGGAGAAGCCACACGAAAUAAGAAAAUUAUCUUGGAAUUUAGCGAUUCAGGAUCGAGCAUUGUCUUUAGAAGAUGUUCUUGCAAAGCCGGACAAGGACAUUGUCAUCAUCUCUCGGCUUUAGCCUACGCAGUGGUAAGUUCUUUGAAAGAGAGUGAUGUUGCUUCUGCUUGUACUUCAAAGCCCCAGCAAUGGCAUGUUCCAAGAGGUGCUAAAAUAAACCCGCAACCCUGGAUGCAGCUAAAUUUUUCGAAACCAUCGGUGGGAAAGGAGACAAGAAGAGAUGCAUCGCUCUGCCUUUACGAUCCAACUUCUCCAAAGAGAAAGGAGCCAGAGUGUAGGAAAGAAAUGUUUAAAGAGUUUCAAGAUAAAUUUAAAAAGGCAUGCCCUGCUGCACCAGUUAUCCAUGUAAAAAACGACAGCUCAACCUCUGUUAAAACAAAUUUCGGUGAACACCAAAAGGGUAGUCCUCUUAGUUAUCACUUACCUUCAAUUGAUAGUAUUGGAGCUGAUCAAACAAACAUCUACAGUGAGUUACCAAUUCAACUCCCUGUGCUCAGUGAUGGCUGGAGUGAAUAUGUACAUGGAUUUCAAAAUAUAGAUCUUACUUUCAUUACCUUGUCACUAGAAGAUGCAUCAAAACUUGAAUCUGGCACGAGAGAGCAGUCUGGAAGCGCAAAGUGGAAAUUAGAGAGAGCCAAGCGCAUCACGGCAUCUCAGUUUGGUCAGGUUUUCAAAAGAAAGGCGGCUGUCACAGAAAAGUUUCUGAAGGAACUUUUUGAAGGAAAAACAAUCCAAACACCAGCUAUGAAAUAUGGUUUGACUAACGAGAUUAGGGCUGCAAAAGCAUAUCUUGACUCUGGAAAUAAUACAAAACUCUACAAGAGUGGACUGGUGGUUAACCCAGCAUUCUGUUGGUUGGGGGCCUCCCCAGAUGGUGUUGUCUAUGACCCUUCUAUGGAAGAAAAUCCCUUUGGGCUGUUUGAAGCAAAAUGUCCAUUUUGUGGUGCGGGUAAGAAAAUUGUUGACGUUAUUAAAGAAAAUAAGCAAUUUUACUUAAAACAAACAGACCAUGGCAUUAAAUUAAAAGAAAAUCACAACUACUAUUAUCAAGUCCAAGGCCUCAUGGGGGUGACUGGGAUGAAAUGGUGCGACUUUUGUGUUUGGACUGGUGUAGAUUUCUUUCAACAAAGAAUUCUGUUUGAUGAAACUUUGUGGAAUGAUGUGCUAUCCAAAUUAACCAAUUUCUAUUUUGAAAAUUUUUACGAGUUUCUUACAAGAAGAGGGUGCUGACUUGUUAUCAAUUCAAGAAAAGCCACGUGUAGUAGAAUAACCUUGUAACAACAUACUAAGUCAUCGUAUUGACAGGGUUAUAAAGUAAUUUUGUGAGAUGUCUGGAAAACCAGUUUUGCCCCUCUGGGCUGUUUGGUCUUUUUCUCAGUGACUCUGUAUUGACAUGUAUGUUUAAAUUUUACAUUGUAAAUGGUUUGAACUUAUGGUAUUUUACAUUGAGCAGCAACUAGCUGUUUCUUGGCAGUAGUACACUUCAGGAAAAUUUAGUUUUAUUUCAGCUGGUUAGUAGAUCAUUAAUGCAAUAAAAUGGCACCUUCUGAAACCCCUUUUUUGGGUGAAUUUUUGUUUACAUAUUUUGCUUCACUAAUAUGCUCAUUGAUCAGAGGCCAGAUUUACAAACCUUCCUAAUCUAAGAUACCUCCUAAAUAUUGUCUGAUAACAAAGUGCUAUUAUCAUUUGACAAAACUUAGGAUAUCCAUUAGCUUAGGAGGCUUUGUGAAUUUGGCUUAAGGAUAUUAAAAUCAAAUCACUGUACAAUAAAGGAGCUUAACAUUGUUGGUGAUCUCAGAGAUUUGAUCCUGAUAUUCCAAAUAGUAUCGUGGGAGAAAUUCUUCUUUUAAAAGUCGAAAUUUAUAAGCAAUGUAAGGCUCAUUAAUGUUUUCACCACCACAAAAUUUUGCAGUUUCUGAUGUUUGAUAUUUCCUUGAAUGAUGAUGUCAGCAAAGUUUCUCUUAGGAGUCUUGUGCAAUGAUUGGUGUCUGAAAAUUGACCAAAAGUGCACAGACUGUCCAGAUUUGAUUAAGCAAACCAGUCUGAUUAAUAGCAAAUACAUUUUGCAGGAUUUUGAAUGUCUUGAUUCUGCUUAUUGCCCUCUCAACAUGUAUUCUCACAUUUGCGAUUUCCUGAGUCUCUUUUACUUCAUCUUCUGUAAACUGACCCUGGUUAUUAAGGAAAGGAAGUAUAUUCAAAGUACACCCAAGAGGCUCAAGGAGGUCAUUUAUAACAAAACCUCUAUCAGCCAUUACAUUGUCUCCUCUUUCAAGCAAUGAGAGAAUUCCAGACUGUUUAGUGAUUUCCUUGUCUGAUAUGCCUCCAGUAUACAACUGAGAUACAAAUGUAACACUACCUGAAGGUGCGAUACCCAACAGUGCUUUAGCUGUAGUGGUACUUUUAUACUGUGAGAAAACUUGAGAUUGCCUCAACAAAGAGGAAGGUGUCUGGAUCUUGAAUUCAGUGGCAUCAAGGAUCACCCUUGUUGAAGGAAAUUUCCUAAAGCUAUCGGGCAUUGUUUCUUGAAUGACAUGUUUGGGCAACCAGAAAUUGAUAGAUCCCAACACAAAAUAAAGCAAAUUGAUCCAUGAUGUAAAUACCCUUGAAACUGUGGAACUAGAAAUGUUGAAUAAGUUAGCAACGUGGUGCAAAGGAAGACCCAAACGUAGUUUCACAAGGGUCAGAAAAAGUUCAUCCAUCUUUGAUAAAGCUCUCUCAGUAUAACCUGUACUCUUACUAGACAUUUGUGUAUUCUCAACACUAUUAGACAAGGUCCCAUGAACAUUUGGGCUCCAGUAACUCAUGUCUUCAGCAUGACAUAAAACAUAAGUCAUAAAUUCUCUGUAGCUGGCUGAAUUUUGGAAGCCAGUAUAAAAGUGGAUAUCGUCAUCACUACCAUCAAAUCGUUUAAAUGAAAACAACAUACUCUCAGAACUUCUUUUCAUCGUUAGAAAAUUAGACAUCAAAACCUGUAUUUUAUUAUCCUUUUCUUGAAGCGUUGUCUCAAGCCGCGAGAUAUCACGGUCCUUCUCCUGACAGUUCUCGCAUGGUUCUUUCGCUCCCACAUUUCCAAGCCCAAAUGAACUUGUCCUUGACAACCGCUGUUUGACUGGUGUUGCCCAGGAAAAUACUGACGGAACUGCAUCGUCCUUGAGAACUGUUUUGCCACCAAGUGUUGUUCGAUAAUCGCUCGCAGUAAAAUGAAGAGAACACACUCGAGUGUGCUCCGAUACAGUAAAUGAUUCUCCUUCAUCACGACGUAUUUUUACCAGCCAUGCCUUCUUCAUCAACUCACAUUUUGGAAAACGAUGAAAUGACAGUUCUUUUUCCCUCGUUGACUUAGUAUGGCAGAGCGGAACACAACAACUGUUUACCAUGCUGCACGCACUUUAAUCCAAGAUGGCGGACAUAUACCUCCAGUGACCAGUCCCCGCGCGGCAUGCAAAAGGUCUGUAUUGUUGUCAAUAAUCGAGGGGACUGGUGUCCUACCUUGAUUUUUUACAUGUGGUUAGCAUUUAGAACGUUCAUUCAAAUAGUUUCUGCAAAAACUGUGUUGUGGAAUUUCUUGUAAUUUAUAAAAUCCUUUUUUAAUAUAGCUAACUUUCCAGAUUUUUCUAAUACUGACAAGCAAAAUGCAGAAUUAAGGGAGCUUUUGAGGUGUUGCCAUGGUAACUGCUAUGGCGUCAUAAAAAUUUCUAAAGUAUUACCCAAUAACAUAGUUCUAAAUCUAUUCAUACUUUGCCCGAAUGAGCGUAACAACUUUCCUGAAAGCGGAAAUCCUUAAUCGAACAGUAAGACAACUCUUUCGAGCCUCCGUGCUGUUUUUGUCAUUUUGCAAGACAGAAAAUUUUCCCCACAUCAACUGCACUAAAAUUAUGGGGUGGACUUCAUCAUGCUAUAAAUUAUGCCAAAACUUUAGGCUUAUGCCUUUUGGGAUGGGUCGUGACCCUAAAGACCCCUAGUUUAGUCUAGAUUUACCUAAGCCAGGUGAAGGUAAAGAUCCCUAAGACCCAAAGACUCGCCCUUAUAGUUUAAGUCUGAUAAUGAUCCGACUCUCAGACUCUCACUCAUCCUCGGAGACCCAGUGGCGAAAGUUUACAAGAGGUCGCGAGAGUGCCCUUGGGGUGCUACACUGAAAUGACCAGGUCCACGAAUAUGUUUGAAUUUUUUACCAUAUUUUUAAGCUUAAAUAUCUCGGGAACUACGACAAAUAUUUGAAAAUGGAAAACGACGUUUUUAAUCUUACAUGAAGUACUGCAUGAUCCAUUAAAAUGAAAAACAAGGUGUAAAAAGUUGAUUAUAGUAGCACUUUAAAAAAAUGUCAAAUGGUUGUUCCUGCAGGCCUUCCCUUGGGGAUACUGGCAGGUCCAUGGGGGAUCCUAGCUUCUGCAGGUUGUUUCAUAGCUGUAGGAGGGGGAUGUGGUGCAUGUGUCGCUGGUUGCUUGGGUCUAGGAGCAACUCCAACGCCAUAAGGCUUGUUCAAAGAAGACACUCUUAGAGAGGAUUAGAAAUCUUUUCACAGCUU